GCUAGACAAAAUUUUGUACAGCAAAAGAAAAUGUUUCUGAUCUGACUGAGGCUUGGCGCACAUAAACAUGAAAGAUGAUGAACAAAGCAAGCAAUUGAACAUAAUGUCCACUACUCGAUAGACGCUUAUACUCCAAACAUAGUCAAUAUUAUAAGAAAACUAGCUGGAAGAAAAUUGGCUAACAGAUCAGAACCCAAACAGAACAUGUCGCUCGGCCGUGUGUCGGGAAUACGGAAUGGAACGCUGCGAGCGUUGGCAGCCAAGAAGGUAACGGUGCCGGCACCAGCUAAGAAGUCGAGCAAGAGCCGCUCGUUCUACUUUCGGUAUUUGGAGCUUUGUCGUUCGAAAAACCUCACACCCGUUCCGGAUAUUCGAAAGCAGUCACUGGACAAGAGCUCCCUGGAGUUCUACGCCGACAAGCUGAGCGUGAGCGACUGGCUGCUGGUCAACGAGUCGCUGCAAAAUGAUCUGUGCCUAAAGAGCCUGGUGCUGCGCAUGCGGCGCUCCCAUCAACACAAUACAAUCGAUCCCAUCGACACGGAGAAUCGGGCCCGACUCUUCACACAGCGUCCGGUGGUAUACACGCGCUUUAUUUUCCGCGGCCUCGUCCAGUCCAUCGCCAACUGUGUGGCCAGCAAUAAGAAUCUGACAGUGCUGCAGCUGGAGGGUCUGCCCCUUUAUGGCGGCUACAUUGACUGCAUUGCCAAGUCGCUGGCUGCCAACGAUUGCCUGGAGACCUUGAGCUUCCGCAAGUCCAUCAUCGGGGACAAGGGGUGCGAGCUGGUGUGCAACUCGGCCAAGUACCUCAACCGAAUCGCACUAUUCGAUCUCUCCGAGUGUCGCAUCACCGCAAAGGGAGCCGUUCACGUGGCCGAUAUGGUCAAGAUGCAGAAGAUUUCCCGAUACACGGGCGGCUCCCACUUGGGCUUGCGCACGCUCCUUCUCGCCAACAAUCCCGAUAUUGGGGACCAAGGACUCAAAUUGAUUUGCGAUGUGCUGAAGGAGGAUGCCUGGAUAAAGGUCGUCGACCUGCAGGGCUGUGGCCUGACUGACAUUGGGGCCAAUAUCAUACUCGACUGCCUGGCCCUGAACCAGACCAUCAUGGAGUUCAAUUUGCGAAACAACGAGGGAAUCAGCCAGCCAUCGCACCGCAGCAUUUGCGACCAGCUGGGCACUCCGGACGCCGAAGCGGAGCAGGAGCCAGCGUACGAUGUCAGCUUCUUCGACGGGCUGCAGAGUCUGCCCAAGGGCAUGAAGUUCACUCUUACCGAGCUGCGCUCGAACAACGAGAUGCUUGAGCAGCGGCUGUCCUUCGAGCGCACACUGCGCCAGAGGGCUGAAAAGCUGAAUAAGCUCAGCGAUCAGCUAAUGAGCAUUGAGAGCCCCGUGGGCUCUGAAAAGGAAGACCAAGCAAUGAUCUCCAGCUCCAGAGUGGAAGAGGAACAGCUGUACUCAAGCCAAAUGGAGGGGGAACACUAUAGCCAAUCGGAGCUGCAGUCAAUGAUGGAUGCUUCCCUGCCCUUCCCCUCCCACAUGCUCAACGAAUAUCUGGAAAUGAAGGAAAAGGACCCCAUAGAAUCACAGAAAUAUGGCCAGACGCUGUUUAGCGGACUAUUCAACAGCUCCGCCACCACCCCGGCAAUGACUCCGCGCACCGAGUUUCAGUUCAGCCAUUUCGAGGAACAGCAGAAGGCGCAGCGGCAGCAGCAGCAGCAGGUCCGAAUGGUGCGCAGCGAGAUGAAAUACGCAGAGCGAAACGUGAACGAAGCCUACAAGAAACACGAGUCCAAGUCGGAUUAUGAAUUCGGCAACGAGCGCCACUUCAAAUCGAAGGAGGAAUUUGAGCAGUUCAUUAGCGACACUUUCGUAGUCAAGGGCGGGCUGAAGCAAGGAGGAGCUGGAGACGGCCAGCACAAUUCGAUGAUGCAUUUCGAGCAGUACCGUUGGGAAACUGUCCCUGACAUGACGCAGGGCCCUUCGUGUGGUCCGAACGAUGGCGCUGGAGACGGCAAGCAUUGCAAUCAGGUACAACAGCGAGGUCAAGGCCCAGUGCGAUGCCGAGGAAAGAUCGAUUGAUUUGCGCAGUUGCCAUCCUACAAAAUUGUUUCAAAAUGUUGACUUUUUAUUUUAUAACAAAAACCCAAUUAAAGGGAGUGAAAG